AGGAGAAUUAAGUCUUUCACAUACCACCAGGCGGUUACCCACAAUUUGAUUCGUCCACAGUGCUAAUCUUUUGUCAGUUAAACGAUCGAUUCAAGGUUCCUUUUUUAGCUGUCGAAGGAAUAUCGCGGUUUUUAAAAUAUGUUUAUUUCAGAUGAUGCCGAAGUGAAGAGGGUUUUUAGAGAGCAAAACAUGAUCACUGAUCAGCCUGGUGCAGGAGGAAACAAGGGAUCUGGUUGAAAAUUUAAGAGGAUUUGAUUUUGCGGCCACCGAAAACAGAUUAAGUCGGCAGCAGUGGAAGUUAAAAUUGUGCUGCAUAUAUAAAAAAAAUAAAUAAAUAAUGGGCGGAUUGGUCUUUAGAUGAGAGAUUGGUACCACCUUCCAUUCUAAAACAAAAUCUCGCUGGUAUGAAGUCACAGCCUAUUCCACAUCCGGUUUACUCCGGGACACAUUACUAUUGUCUCGGUUAAGAAAAGGGGCUUUAUUUUUCUCCGAUCUCCGCGUUUAAAAGUCGAUUUUGUAGUUAGAUUAUCGAUUCACGAGGGGGGAGGGAGCGGGAAGAGUUAGGCUGCGCGUUCCCGGUGCGCGGAGCGCGAGACGCGCGCAGACUCAGCAGGGUCGGCAGCCGCUCCUCGAGCCUCGAGCCUCGAGCCAAAACCGGGCACGUCUCACAUCUGACUGGAUUUCUCUCAGCGAAUCCAUGUAGAAAAGGUAAAAAAAAAAAGUUUUCAGGAUACGACCAAGCCGAGUGUCGGUGAUAAACUGGUUGAAAUUCACAUAACAAAACCAUGUUAGGACGAACUGGAACGUUCACACUCAGUUUGUGGGCCUGCGUGCUGGUGUCAGAUGUCCUCUUCGGAAAAAGCACUGGGCAAAAUGGCGUGUCUGAUGAGAAGAAAGACAACACCACUGUGUUCACCCGAAUCCUGGACAGCUUGCUGGAUGGGUACGAUAAUCGACUCAGACCAGGACUGGGAGAGCGUGUAACUGAAGUCAAGACUGACAUUUUCGUGACGAGUAUCGGGCCUGUCUCAGACCAUGACAUGGAGUACACAAUUGAUGUCUUUUUUCGACAAAGCUGGAAAGACGAAAGACUUAAAUUUAAAGGUCCAAUGGCUGUGCUCCGUUUGAACAACCUGAUGGCCAGUAAAAUCUGGACACCAGACACAUUCUUUCAUAAUGGAAAAAAAUCUGUCGCUCACAACAUGACUAUGCCUAAUAAAUUGCUCCGUAUCACUGAGGAAGGGACCCUGCUGUACACAAUGAGGCUUACAGUGAGGGCAGAGUGCCCCAUGCACCUGGAAGACUUUCCCAUGGAUGCGCAUGCCUGCCCAUUGAAGUUUGGCAGCUAUGCAUAUACACGAGCAGAGGUUGUAUAUGUGUGGACAAGGGGGGCAGCCCAGUCUGUGGUGGUUGCUGAAGAUGGAUCCCGUCUGAACCAGUAUGACUUAAUGGGACAGACUGUUGACUCUGGCGUAGUUCAGUCCAGCACAGGAGAAUAUGUUGUCAUGACGACACAUUUCCACUUAAAGAGGAAAAUUGGUUACUUCGUCAUCCAGACCUACUUGCCCUGCAUUAUGACAGUGAUCCUGUCCCAGGUGUCCUUCUGGCUCAACAGGGAGUCAGUCCCUGCCAGGACUGUAUUUGGAGUUACAACUGUACUGACCAUGACUACUCUCAGUAUCAGUGCGAGAAACUCCCUCCCGAAGGUGGCAUAUGCCACUGCCAUGGACUGGUUCAUCGCUGUGUGCUACGCCUUUGUCUUCUCUGCUCUUAUCGAAUUUGCUACAGUCAACUACUUCACCAAACGGGGCUAUGCCUGGGAUGGCAAAAGUGUGGUGCCAGAGAAGCAAAAGAAGAAAAAGGAAUCCCUUCUAAAGAAAAACAAUACAUACACCGCCGCCACAGCUACAACCUUUGCACCAAACAUUGCCAGAGACCCAGGAUUGGCCACAAUCGCUAAAAGUGCUCCACCUCCACCCACUGAGCCAAAGGAGGAGCCCAAGCCCAAGCCACCAGAGGCCAAGAAGACCUUCAACAGUGUAAGCAAGAUCGACAGGAUUGCCAGAAUAGCUUUCCCCCUUCUAUUUGGAACCUUCAACCUCGUAUACUGGGCCACCUACUUGAAUAAAAAGCCCAAACUGCAGGGGAAUCUUCAGCCUCACUAAUCCCAAUAUUUGAUUUAUUUUUCAUUACUUUUUAUGUUUGCGAGAAAAGAUGUCCAGUUCCCACAUUGUUUCUGUGUCAGUCAGAUUUUACCAUACCAUACUAAAUCAGGAUCCUAGAAAUCUGAGCAGUGUGGUUAAAAUAAAUGGGACACAUUAAGGGUGGUUAAUCUACUUCUACAGCAUACUACUAUAUAUAUAAUAUAUAUAUCAAAAUAUUUAUACACACAAGAGAAUGCUAUUCUACAAAUGCACAUAACCUAACUCUUAAGGAUCUCCCUUGUUUGUUUUGAUUCCUUCUUUUCAAAUUACAUUAUCACUACACCGCCCCUUUUUUAAAGUUGUAUUUGCAUGGACUGGGACUUUUUUAAUGUAUUCUCAAGACCAUUAUAAGAAAUAGCCUGGUUUAUUUCAGUUACAUAGCAAAAUGUUUGCCUCAGUCAAAGUCAGCAAUUCUUCAUAUUUCAUAGUUGAUGUUUCACUUUGUUUAUUUUAUUAUUACUGUUUUUAACAACAGUCAAGAUAGGGUUUCAGCAAUAGCAAUAAAACAUGUCUCAGUGGAUUCUAUUCAUGGACUUGAAAACCAUUUACUACAUGCAGCAUUAAGCAUACUGCUUUUUUAGUUUUACUGUAAAUAUUAUCAAGUGUUAGAGAUGUCAGUAUUAUGUUUAAGCUUUUCAAAAUGUAAUAAGGUAUACAUAUUCCAAACAUGGAUUUCAGAAAGCUCAAGCUAAAGAAAAGAGACAAAUUACAGAUACUUCAGAGUGACUGUUUCUUCACUAAGUUCGUGUUCCACUAAAUACUGGUUUUAUGUUCCCAGUGUUGAAAAUCGUAGUGAAAAAUAAUUUUAAAAACCUUCUAAUGUAUAUGUGUGUAUUUACACUCUAACACACAUUUUAAGAAUGGAUUAGUAAGGAGGUAGAAUGUAAAUGUAUUAUUUCAUUAUUGGAAUGCAUUUUAUAUUUAGAUUUAAAUCACUUAUUCUGUAUUUUGAUUUGUGAUUUUAGUGGAAGAGAGAUGUAUGGUUCUUUGGUCUUGAAGGAUUCAUAGCAUAUUUUUAGACAGUUCUAAAACUGAAAGUAGCAGUUUGCUUGGAGCAAAGUUAUUGAGAACAAAGAGAGCAGAGCAGUGCCUUUCAUAUUUAAAGGAUUGGAUAAAGGUUAUUUGUACAUUGCAAAAACAUCAUUUAGCAUAUUCUUCUACUAGUUCAAUACUUUUGUUGACCGUUUCACAAAUGCUCGGAAAAGUACCAGCUACACUGCCUUUAAUCAUUUUCUCAAUAGAUACAGGCAGGUCUUUCUUUCAUCACAUUUGUUACUGUCUGUUGAUUUUAAAAAGCUAAUGUGUAAUAAACACAUAAGUUAUUGCUGCAACCUGCAGAUAAUGUCUUGUAGUGUUAUAAUAAUAACUAAUGGCUUUAUUUUCUUAGUGAUUUGUCCCAAUUUAGGAAAAAAAAAAAAGGAAACCAAACUAAACUGUCUGCGAAAAGUUACCUUAGUUACUGCAUAUCAAAUUGUGUUAAUGUAGCAAUAUCUCUUUAGAAAGGGCUUUUUGAGAUCCGAAUUAAAUUAAAAUUAAUCAUUAUAUAUUCUGGAAAUUGAAAUCAUAGUUUUGUGUUGAAAGCUAUAUUGUACUUUAGUGCAACAUUAAAUUUAAAAGGACACUUUUGAGAGGAGUGGAACUCUUUGCUCCUUUGCUCUUUGGUCUUGAAUCAAAUAAAAAAAUCAUGAAUUUUAUUUAUUUUAAGAAGGUUAGGGAAGUGUGAUGUGGUUUCUGGGGAACUAAAGAAAGUGUUAGAAAAACUGCAAAAGAAACCGAAGACCCCUUAAGUAGUGUGAAUACAGGAUCGGAAUGGACAGUGUGUCCACUUACUAGUUUUGAAAGGGGAUGUUUGCAUUGAAAUUCAAACCUCCAUUUUCAACUGGGCUUACUGGGUCCGUUUCAGACUGAUUUAAGCCCUUGAAAUAUGUGUAUAAAUACAGAUGUAAACCUGUAUGUCUACUUUCAUGACUAUAAAGAUUUCAUAUAUAUAUAUAUAUAUAUAUAUAUAUAUAU